AUGGCGUUGCGCCAGGCACUGCUUUUACCGCAGCAGUGGUUGAACUUGGUCAUUGCACUUUUAUACCUGCCAAAUGUUGCUCUUGCUAUUCAGCACGUCGUCGAGUCCAGAGAUACAUAUCCUGCGCCGAUUAUUGUACCAUCGUCUUUAGACUGGGAUGGCAAUGAUGGUCCAUGGUCGAGUUUCGCCCUCCAAGCGGGCACCCCUCCACAAACAAUCAAAGUCCUUCCUUCUACUGCUGGGUUUCAAACCUGGGCAGUCACGCCCGAAGGCUGCGUUUCUGGAGAUCCCGUAGACUGCCAAAAGCUGCGGGGCGAAUUUUACAACUAUAAGGAGUCCUCAACCUAUGCGCCGAAUCUAGCAAACGUGUCGAGCAGUAUAUACGGACUAGACCUCGAAGCCGGACUCGGCUACACCGGCAAGGGGAGAUAUGGAUUUGAUGAUAUUGGGCUGGGCUGGCAGGGGAGCGGAGGCCCAACACUUCAUAAUCAGACGAUUGCAGGCAUUGCAACAAAGGAUUUCUUCCUAGGAUUAUUUGGAUUGAACCCACGUCCAAGCAACUUCACGAAUUACAAUCACCCGAUUCCAAGCUUUAUGCAGGCUUUGCAGAACCAAUCCAUGAUACCUAGCUUGAGUUGGGCCUAUACUGCCGGGAAUCAAUACCGUCCUGGCCAAUUCCAAGGGAGCUUAACGUUGGGUGGAUACGACAAAUCGAGGUUUAUUCCAAAUAAUAUCUCAUUUCCCUUGGGAGUAAUAGAAGGCCUCGCAAUCGAAAUUCAGAGCAUCACCACCAACAACAGUGUGUCUUUGCUCUCAUCGCCAAUAACUUCAUCUCUCGAUUCCACUGUUCCUUACCUUUACCUACCAAACACCACCUGUACCCUCUUUGAGAACACUUUUGGCCUUGUCUGGAACGAAACCUCCAAGCUCUACUUAUUGAACGAUACCCAGCACACAGCCCUUCAAACCCAAAACCCUAGCAUCACAUUCAAAAUAAGUCCGGUAGAUUCCACUUCAACAGUAGACAUUACACUUCCAUAUUCAGCCUUCGACCUCACCGCGUCCGCCCCCCUCGCCUCAGCACCAACCCGCUACUUCCCAUUAAAACGCGCUGAUAACUCCUCACAAUACACUCUCGGUCGCACAUUCUUCCAAGAAGCAUACGUGAUAGCCGACUUCGAGCGGAACAACUUCUCUAUCUCGCAGUGCAACUGGACCUCUGGCCAAAAUCAAUCCAUCGUGGCAAUUCUCCCGCCCUCAAACAGCACUACAACUUCUAAUGAUGCCAAACACGGACUUGCUACAGGGGCAAUUGCUGGAGUAGCCGCUGGCGGCGCUGUGGUAGCCCUCAUAGCAGGUCUCCUGCUCUAUCGCUUCUGCUACAAACCACGUAAACGUGCGGUAGAAGAAACAGAGGAGGCCAGAACACGACCCGCAACGCGACCCACAAGCGCAGGAGGAGACGUAAUUAUCAAGCCCGAAUUAGAUGGCACAGGCACCACAAUCACAGAUACUAAACACGGCCUAUUUGAAGCCGACAGUCACAAGGUUUACCCAGCUGCAGAAAUGGCAGCUCCAGACACUCAACCUAUCUACGAAUUGCCAGCUCGAGAGGAGGUGGCUGUUGAGAUGAUGGGUCAGAAUUAUCCCGACGAAGUAGAUGGUAGGAAGAGCAAGAAUUCUGGGAGAAUCUGGUUUGGAAGACAGAGGAGUCAGGAGAGCGCUGAUACCGUGAGCCCGGAUACUCCUGGUAGUCGAAGAGGAUAUGAUCGGACGGUAAGCCCUUUUACCAGUUCAGCCACAAGCACGCCGGCUUCGAUGAUUCGUUCUUCUCCUUUCAAACCUCCGCCAGUGCCUCCAGUACCGAGUGCUGCAAGUGCGAGUUUACAGAGGGGGAAAACCACUUAA